CUGCAUUUCGUUUUUCAGGACAUUUCAUUCGAGGCUCUAAAUGCAUUGGUGAAUUUCGUUUAUACUAGCGAAAUCUCCAUUAAUAGCGACAACGUACAAAGUUUGCUGUUUGCAGCGUCCAUAUUGCAGAUGGAUUCCGUCUGUUAUGCAUGUCAACGAUUCAUGACUCAGUUACUAACAACGAAAAAUUGCCUUUUAAUCCGGCAAUUUGCCGAACAACACAACUGCGUCGAUUUGUUGAACAGUUCUGAUGACUUCGCAGUAGAUCACUUCAUUGUGAAACUCGACGAAUUCAAGCAGAUCGCAUUUCCACAUUUACGAGAUUUGAUAAGGAGGAGCGAUUUGAAAAUCACCAGUGAAGAACAGGUUUUCGAGACAGUAAUUGAAUGGGUCGAAGCAAAUCCAUGUGAUCGUAAGCAUUACCUGCCCGAAUUGUUGUCUUUGGUCCGCCUACCCCAGCUGAAUAUGCAGUAUUUGGUGGAAAACGUACGGCAAAAUAAACUGAUCAAGUCAAUACCACGACCUUUAUCGCCAUCGUCUCAAGCUUUACGUAGUAGGCCAAGGAAGAGUGUAGCUGGAGUGAUUUUCUGUGCUGGUGGUCGAGGCACCGGUGGUGAUCCAUUCCGAUCAGUGGAGGCGUUCGAUUGUCGGUUGAAUCGUUGGAUUUCCAUAUGCGAAAUGACCCAGCAACGGCGACAUGUGGGCGUGGUCAGUGCUCUCGGGAAACUGUUCGCAAUUGGCGGACAUGAUGGCAUGCAGCAUUUGGCAUCGGCUGAAAUGUUCGAUCCAAGAGAAGGGGUCGGAUGGCGCCGAAUGGCACCUAUGCGCACCUGCCGUCGAGGAAUCGCUGCAGCAGCUCUUGAUGGGGCUAUCUAUGCUGUGGGUGGAUUGGAUGACACCACAUGCUUCAGUACGGUGGAGCGAUAUGACAUCGAAUCAAACACUUGGUCCGACGUAGCUCCGAUGAACAUACGGCGAGGUGGAGUCGGUGUGAGUGCCCUCGGUAAAUUCUUAUUCGCUGUUGGAGGCAAUGAUGGCUCAUCGUCCCUGGAUUCCUGUGAACGUUAUGAUCCUGUGCUUGACAAAUGGAAAUUGGUUGCCAAAAUGACAAAUCGAAGAGCUGGAGCGGGUGUAUGCGUAUUGGAUGGCGCUCUCUAUGCGCUAGGCGGUUUUGACGACAAUUCCCCUCUGUGUACCUGCGAACGCUACGAUCCCCAUACGGAUCAAUGGACGCAACUAGCCAACAUGACUUUCUCUAGAGGUGGCGUUGGAGUCGCUUCAAUGGGUGGACUCGUCUAUGCAAUUGGUGGACAUGAUGGGCAGCGUUAUCUGAAUACUGUUGAGGCGUACGAUCCAGUAACGAAUGCCUGGACCCCAGUUACAGACAUCAAAGAUUGCCGGGCAGGUGCCGGUGUGGCAUGGGCAGAUUGCAGUAUCGACGACCUGUUGCGGCCAUUUCAACCAGACAGUGGUUAUGCGCCAUCUGGAGGUAACCAUUGUAUAUAA